AUGGACGAGAAAUACCUGAAAAACUUAAGAGACUACUACUACUCCUUCUGCGACUCCCUGAGAGAAGACUCAUCUGGCUGUCAGAAUUUCAAUUCUUCAUUAGUGCAACCGGUGCCCAAAUUGAGUCCAAUAUUCGUGAUUCAACCCACAGCGGAAAAAGCCGUCGCGAGCCAGCCGACGUAUCUGGACACCGUGUCGUGCAUAUACUGCGGCAAAUCCUACAAGGGCAGGUACAAUUUGCGGUGUCACGUGUUCACGUCGCACUGGAACUGCUUCUACGAGUGCAGCUACAGCGGCUGCCUGACCUUCUACAGCAGCCUGCAAGAGCUGCACAAGCACAUGUCCGGCGACGACGACUGCAAGAAGCACACGGGACCCAAGCACUACAACUGCACCGAAUGCGGCGUCCCCUUCGAAAACGUCCAGGCGAUGAACCAACACAAACAGUGGCACCACCCAAGUUUCUUCGACCAGAACGGAUUGAAGAAUGCGGCGGCCAAGUGCGAGAUCUGCCAGCUAGUCACCUCCGCCUCAAUCAUGAAGCAACACCAGCAGAACAGACGCUGCGAAAACUGCAACUCUCAAUCCACCUGUUCUUUUUUGCAUUACAGACACAUUGCCAAUUGCAGAAAGACUUAA